AUGGCAUCAGCGAAGUACCACACAACUCUCCGGCUCAUUGAAUCCACCCGGCUCACACCCACUGAACACUCGACCUGGAGAGCUUUUCUGGACGAGGCUGUCGACCCGGAGCAUGCUGCUUACUAUAUCUGGGAAAGGAUUCAUAAUCGCCAGGAUUGUUCAACAGAGCAGGCACUGCAUGAGUUAAAAAUUGACUGGAAGCGACUGGUUACGACGUUGGCCAAACGAGAAUUGGUCUCGUCUCAAGCAUGCAUACUCGUUGAAGCUUGA